AUGGAUUUGGUUAACGCUUCAAGCCUAUUGCAACCAUGGCGAAUUCCUUUGUCACCACAUAUCACCAUUACUAGGUCUAGGAGUAGGAAUUCUUUCUAUGCCCCUUCUUCUUCUUCUUCAACCCAAUUUUCUUCUUCUCAGUUUUCCACCUUUCCAUACACUCCAAUAAAGCCCCUUGUUAUUCCUCACGGAAAGAAGAAAAUCUCUGAUUCAGAGCCCGUUCUAGAAUCCACCAUCGUACAAGAAGUAUCGUCAGACGAAGAAGAUGAUGAUGAUGAAUUUGAAUACGACACAGAAAUUGACGAGGACAUGGAUGAUGAUAGUGACGGAGACGAAGAGUUCUUUGACGAGGAAGAGGAUAGUGUACUACCCUAUGCCGGUGAUGGUGGCGCAGGCGGUGGAAUUUCCCUCGCCGGAACAUGGUGGGAUAAAAAGGCAUUAGCAGUUGCUAAAGAGGUUACUAUGUCUUUUGAGGGUGACUUGCAAAUCUAUGCUUUCAGAACCUUACGCAAUUCCACAGUUCAAGUGCGUAUUGAAAAGCUUUCCAACAAAUCCGGCUCCCCCACCAUGGAAGAUAUUGAAGCCUUUUCUACAACUUACAGAGCAAAAUUGGAUGAAGCAGAACUUGCCAAAUUAAUUCCUGACAAUUUAAGUUUGGAGGUGUCUUCACCAGGUGUUGAAAGAGUAGUUCGGAUUCCAGAUGACCUAGACCGAUUCAAGGAGAGACCUAUGUAUGUGAGAUAUACCAUUGAAGAUGACUCAAAUAAUCCAUCUGCAGAAGGUGACGGUGUCUUCAAGCUAGAAUCCUUCGACAUGGAAACAAAAUAUUGCACUUGGAGUUUAGCAAACGUGAGAGUCAACAGAGAGAAAGCAGGGAAAGGAAGACCACUGAAUAAAAAGCAAAGAGAAUGGAGAUUAAGUACUCCCUUUGGCUCAUUACGUUUUGUACGGUUGCACUCUGACAUUUAA